CUCAGGGAGGGGCUCACUGCGGCUCCCAGCUCCCCUCCCCCGCUCGCUGACCUGUGCCCGCUCAUUGCAUUUCAGCCCCUCCGCAGGCCGGCCUGAUGGGCAAAUGCCGCCGGCCUCGCACGGCCUUCACCAGCCAGCAGCUGCUGGAGCUCGAGAACCAGUUCAAGCUCAACAAGUAUCUAUCCAGGCCCAAGCGCUUCGAGGUGGCCACGUCGCUGAUGCUGACCGAGACGCAGGUGAAGAUCUGGUUCCAGAACCGCAGGAUGAAGUGGAAACGCAGCCGGAAAGCCAAAGAGCAGGUGGCCCAAGCCGAGGCCGAGAAGCAAAGAGGCGUCAGCAAAGCCGCCGAGAAGCUGCUGCCCAGCGAGCCGCAGAGGCAGGAGCAGGGCCCUGAAUUCAACAGGCACGGUGCCAGCGUGGAGCUCCUGCCCCGCCGCCCCGCAGGGCUCGGCUACAGCCCGGGCUCCUCGUGCUCCGGGGAGGAAGAGGAGCAGAUCAGCUCCACGGACAGGAAGAUCGGCUCAGCGUUAUGAAAGGCAGCCCCGAGCGAUCACCCCACGAAACAGAGCAGGGAGAGCAGCCCAGAGCUGGAGCGAGGGGGCCCGGGCGAGCCAGACAGAGCCGGGUCCGGGGCCACCUCCGCUGCUAGCAGACUCAGAGACCAGACCCAGGCAGGGCACUGGGGAGACUCUGCGGCACCUGCCCGUCUCCGUUAAUUUAUGUGUGUUUGGAUUCUAUUUAACUCGUAAUUAUUCUG